AUGCCUGAAACAUCAGGUCACUCUUCUGCCGUCUCAGGCGGCUCCAGCGCUGUGCCCACUCCUGCGAAUAACAGUAGUUCAUGGGGCGACAAGGUCUUCCGAAAGGGAGGCUCGGAGAAUGAACCCAUAAACGAAGGCGAGGGUCACGUCCAUGCUAGCAACCCACGGGACACGAUCGGUAACUUCCUCGGUUUGCAGGACCAGAAGACGCGCGCCGAGAAUAAGUUUAAAGAACGAGCUGGCCUUGUAGAUGGUCAGAAGCCUUACACAGAAGAUGGUGGGCCUACAUGUGCGGGUGAGGACCACACCUUCGCAGGCCGUAAGCCCGGCGGCUCGGAUACCUGGCCUGGAUGGGAAACGACGAAGAGUUUCUUCGGUGCUGGCAAUGUGAACUAA